GGCGAGACGCGGGCCGGAGUCGCCCCCGGGGCCGGGCGCGCGCGGGGCCCUCGCUGUCGGCCGGGACGCGGGGGAGCCCUGCGCGCGGCGGGGCGCGAGGGGGAGCGGCUGGGCGGCCAAUGCGAAACUGGCUGGUGCUGCUGUGCCCGUGCGUGCUCGGGGCCGCGCUGCACCUCUGGCUGCGGCUGCGCUCCGCGCCGCCCGCCCGCGCCCCCGGGGCCGGCGCGGCAGAUUCCCAGGCCUUCUUUCAUCAGUGGAAGUCCAGUCACUAUGAUGUGGUGGUGGGUGUGUUGUCAGCUCGAAGUAACCGUGAGCUCCGGGAUGCUAUAAGAAACACCUGGCUGAAGCACUCGCUGCGUCACCCAGCCCUGAGUCAGCGGGUGCUUGUGAAGUUCAUCAUAGGUGCUCGGGGCUGUGACGUGCCUGUGGAGGACCGAGAGGACCCCUAUUCUUGCAGACUGCUUAACAUCUCCAACCCAGUUUUGAAUCAGGAAAUCGAGGCAUUCAGCCUUUCUGAGGAGGGUUCAUCAGGACUCUCCGAGGCCCGGGUCGUCAGCGUGAGCUUCCGAGUGCUCCACCCGAUUGUCAUUACCAGCCUGGGAGUGUUCUAUGAAGCCAGCGACGAGGGUUUCCAGAGAAACAUCACGGUCAAGCUCUACCAGGCGGAACAGGAGGAGGCCCUCUUCACUGCGCGCUUCAGUCCUCCGAGCUGUGGCGUGCAGGUGAACAAGCUGUGGUACAAGCCCGUGGAGCAGUUCAUCUUACCCGAGGUAAAGGCACAGCGGAAGACCCUUCCAGUGUGGUCCUUCACAGGACGGAGCUUUGAAGGGACCGUGGUGUGGGAGAGUCAAGACCUCCACGGGCUCGUGUCGGGAAACUUGCACAGGGUGACCGUGCAUGACGGUGGCGGAGUCCUCCGGGUCAUUACUGCUGGGGAGGGUGCACUGCCUCAUGAAUUCAUGGAAGGUGUGGAAGGAGUUGCAGGUGGCUUCAUUUACACCAUUCAGGAAGGUGACGCUCUCUUGCGUAGCCUUCACUCUCGGCCUCAGAGACUCGCUGAUCACAUAAGGAGCCUCCAUGAGGAAGAUGCCUUACUGACAGAGGAGAGCAGUGUUCAUGGUGACAUUGUUUUUGUGGAUGUUGUAGACACUUACCGAAAUGUUCCUGCAAAAUUAUUGAACUUCUAUCGAUGGACUGUGGAAACCACCAGCUUCAGUUUGUUGCUGAAGACAGAUGAUGACUGUUACAUAGACUUAGAAGCUGUGUUUAAAAGAAUUUCCCAAAAGAAUCUGGAUGGGCCUAAUGUUUGGUGGGGAAAUUUCAGAUUGAAUUGGGCAGUGGACAGAACUGGAAAGUGGCAAGAACUGGAGUAUCCCAGCCCAGCUUACCCUGCAUUCGCGUGUGGGUCAGGGUAUGUGAUCUCCAGGGACAUUGUCAACUGGCUGGCAAGCAACUCGGGGAGAUUAAAGACCUAUCAGGGUGAAGAUGUAAGCAUGGGCAUUUGGAUGGCAGCCAUAGGACCUAGAAGAUACCAGGAACCUCAGAAUCUCCCAGCUCCUCCUGCCAAGAGACACUGUGACACUGAUUUACCUCUGUCUGCUCUCAACUUGCUGAAGUGGCCCCAGGAAAGUACCUAUAACUCCAAGAGAAGGAGAAAAACAAAAACACACUGAACUGCCUGUGCUGCCCUGAGAAAGACCAGCAGGUCAUGUGGACAUACUGUGGCAUAGGAGCUGGUAUCUAGGAUGGGCUGCAAGAAAUUCUUCAUUUGGUCUGUUUUUCUCUGGAUCCUGAUGUCCACCAGCCUUUUUCCACUCAUUUCCAAAAGCUUUUCGGUAAUCAAGCUCAGCUCCUCGCCGUUCCUCUGGAAGAAUCUAUGUUGAUGUGAAAUAAAAACAAGUCUAUGAAAACAGUCACUUGUGUUUUGUACCUUGCCCUUCCUCCACUGCCCAAGCACAGCAUAAUCAAAUUUAGAGGGAUGACAUUGACAGAACUCAAGAGUUUGUUCAAAAAGAUUUCCAGUUUUAUCUUUUUCUUCAUGAGAACAUUGCCCACAGGCUGGCUGAUGCUGGAUGCCUGGGGUUCCCUCUCUGGGGAAUGGCACAGUGUGGCCAGGCCUGGCCUUCCCACUUCUAUGGGGAGAAGCGGCUGACAAGGAGAAGAGACAUGUUCUAUGCUUUUGUCUUCGUUCUACCUAACUCUUCCAAAGAAACAGGAGGAAGUGCCCAGUACUCUUUGGAGUGUGCUCCUUUGCGUCUGCUCAAAUGAAAAUAAAUCAGCAAGGGCAGUAGAGCGACAGAUAUUUCUGGCACUAAACUAAGUGUAGUCCUCUUUCCUGAGGAGUCAGAAAAGAACCAUUAUUACUAAAAUGGACAAAAGCAACCUACCACCCUUUGAAGGAAAGUUACAUUUCAUACCCUUUUACAAUAUCCAAAUAUAAUUUCUUUUUACAGUUUUUGGUAAUUUACCUUCUAGUCUAAAAAAUAUCUAAAGCCAGGCUUGGCUGUGCAUUAUUGUCUCAGCUGAGGCUGAGGCAGCAGCACUUGAGCCCAGGACUUUGAGGCCAGCCUAGGCAGCAUAGCAAGACACAUCUCAAAAACAGAAUCCUGUCAUGAUACCACUGCUCACCUCACAUUUGUUCAGGGUCUUCAGCUGACCAAUUUUGGCAAUAAUGAGCUGUCGAGUGGUCUGUGCUUCCUUGCUUCCUUCAGUCAGGGGGUUCCUUAGACAGGACAGAGCACGCAAGCUCUGUAAUUUAUUUAGCUCAUUGAUGAAUGACCACUGAAACCCAACAAGAGGAAAUAAAAGCAAUGUUUCAGACUACUUUUUCAGAUUUCGUGAACUAACAACAGAAAAGCAGAAGUCUCCGUUCUAACAUGAGGCAGAGAAGCUUCACGCACAGAACACCCCAUUAGGAAGACCACACUUUUCCAUGACUGUGCCACCCGAAACCCUGGCAGCCUGCCCGGACAUGCUACACCAAGCUCACUCUGAAUAUUUUUUACUUUGCAUGAGGAGUUUCACUCUGAGGAGUUAUUUCUCUUUUGAUUUAAAAGGUUUUCAAUAGAAGAAGGAACCUAGGAACUCCACAAGAGUGGGAAUAGGCGAUAAUGCGCUGGGCGCACUGUGACGCAGCCCUUACUUGUGAUAUCCGAUUGUCAUUUACUACAAGGUACUGCAGGGACGGGAACAUGGAUGUUUUGCACCCUACAAAAAAGGAGAAUUAAGUCACAUGGUAGAAGUGAAAAGAAAUGGCUAAAUAACAGGGGAAAGGAGGCCAGGUGUAGUGGACCAUGCCUAUAAUCCCAUCUUAUCAGGAGGCUAAGGCAGGAGAAUCAAAAGUUCAAGGCCAGCCUUGGUAGCUAUAGCAAGAUGCUGUCUCAAAUUAUAAUCUUAAAAAAGGGCUGGGGGUGUAGCUCAGUUGUAGAGUGCCUUUGGGUUAAACCCCCAGUAACAUACAACAGAUGGGGGGCAGGGAGGGCGGCUUUACUAAUCUCAUACCAAUUCCAGCAUCCGGAAAAUGUAUAGAAGAAAUUCCAGUGUCAGAAAGGAUUAGCUGUUCUAAUCUGAAAUUAUAAAUGUUAAAGUUGACUACACAGAACAAUAUAAAUGCUAUGGGCUAUCAACCAGUCUAGGUUUAUAAAUUCUUUUCUCUACCCUGGGUUUUCAUUCCAUGUAAAAUGCUCAGAAAUCCAAUUAAAGGCAUGCAGAAGGACUCUUAAUGCUGUAGCCUAGUGAUUCUACAGGCCUCUGUCAUUCUGUGUCCCUACUGCUGUCUCUCUUGCUAAAAGGGUCUAAGAAAUAGUCUCAAUUCCCUAAGUUUAACAAAGUGCAGCCUCAGUAUUAUAUCACCAAGGUCAAAUUAUCCAUUCUUCAAAUUAUCUAGUACAUGAUCCACAUUGUAUGUGGUUCACAAGUAAAUUCUCCAAAUGAAUUAAAAUGAAAACUUCCUACAGGAAAUAGCUCAAUUUAAGAAUCUUAUCACUAUCAUAUUUCUAUUGAGAAAGGUAAUAGCAUAUGAAAAUUCAUUCUGUAAAAAUUUACUAGGCCUACUGUAAUAGCCAUUUUAGGAUCAAAUUACCUGGGCAGAUAGGCUAUCAGGAACAGCUGGUUUUCAUCAAUUAAUGGGUUAGAGGAAAGGUCUAACAGCUUGAGCGUCUGUAGAACAUUACUGGGCCUGUAUGGAAAACACCGUCUUUUCAGCAUGUGUUGCUGCCAUGAGCAUGUGGCCUUAGAAUACCUGCAUUUGGUAUUAGGGACCACUGGGAUGGAAACAAGUGGGUAUGACCAUGAAAAGGGAACCUGGGAGACCCUCAUGGUGUGAUCCAAAUAAUCCUGGCCAAAUCAAUAUCAGCAUCCUGCUUGUGACACUGUGCCACAUAUCUGCAAGUUUUUAUCAGAGAGGAAACUGGAUUAUGAGGACAGGUAAAUUCUGUAAAUUAUUUCUUAUAAAUGCAGAAAAACAGCUGCAUUUAGCUAUAUAAUAAAACCAUUCUGUACAAUAAAAUCUUACUAAUUUGAAUCCAAAUUUGUCGAAAAUUUUCCCACAUGUGUUUAUUUCACACAAUUUAAUGAUGUAAUAAUGAGCAAUUUAACCCAUUAUAUCUAAACAUCCCAUUUAUAAAACACCUAAAAAAUAAAUAACAAAUUUGCCACUUACAGUAACUUUGAGAUAAACAUUUACAUUUUUAGAAUUGUACUCUUUUGAGGAAAAUAAUAGAUGAAUGAUUAGUAAGAAUAUUUAUUAAAUUACUGACAAAAUUAUUAAUAAUAAGCUUUAGAUUAUGAUUUCCAACCUAUUUUAAUGUACCUGUGUCAAUUUCAUUGAAAAAGACAAAAACUGAUACCCUGAGUUCAAUCCCUGGUACCAAAAAAAAAAAAAAAAGAAAUAAAGAAAUAGACACAGGGCUGGGGAUGUGGCUCAAGCGGUAAUGCGCUCGCCUGGCAUGCGCGGGGCGCUGGGUUCGAUCCUCACCACCACAUAAGACGUUGUGUCCACUGAAAACUAAAAAAUAAAUAUUAAAAAAUUCUCUCUUAAAAAAAAAAAAAA